AGGAAAGUAUAUCUGACGGUAAGAAAAAUAUUGAAGAUGCUAUUUUGUUGGAUUUAAGAAGAACUCCUCAUCUAGCUAGAAAUACAAUUCUUCUUGCAAUGAUUUAUGGAAUUUCUUCUUUGAUGAUGGAUACUUAUAUAUUUUUUUCAAACAGAACUAAUAUAUCUGUAUUCAUGUCCUUUGUGUGGUUUUCUGUUGAAUCAGCGACAGCCACAAUAUUGUUGAGAAUAUUCGGAAGUAGAUGGGGACAGAGAUUUUCAGUUUCAAUCGCUUUACUGUUUAGUGGAAUGUGUAGCUUAAUAUUCAUUUUAAAUAAUUCAGAAACAAUAAAAAUUAUUACUGGAUGUUUGGGAAGAAUGAGCAUGAGUUAUAUGCUAUUGAUGUACGUUCAAUAUGUACCAGAAUUUUUCCCAACCACAUUGAGAACACAGGGCACUGCAUUAAUUCAUUUUUUAAGUAUUGUGAUGCACUUUGCAGCACCUUAUGUAAUUAUUUUGGCUAGCAUUUGGAGAGAAUUACCAAUGAUAAUCAUAGCAAUUUUGUCACUACUAAAUUCAGUAUUAAUACUUUUUCUUCCUGAAACUUUGGGGAAAAAUUUACCCCAAACACUUGAGGAUGCAAAAAUGGAAAAAUUAAAUAAUGAUGAUAAUGAACAAUGCUUGACGAGAGGGCGAAAAAAAAUAGAAGAUUUUGAUGAUAUUUUAACACAUGUUGGCGAUUUUGGAAAAUAUCAGUUUACACUAAUGUUGUCAUUAAUUGUUUUUGGUUCGGGCUUAACCACAAUUUAUUUUUCGCAAAUUUUUCUUACUUUAGUGCCACAGAAACAUUGGUGUAAAGUUAAUGAAUUAAUGAAUUUUAAUUUGACGCAAGAAGAAAGAAGAAAAUUAAUUAUUCCACAAUCAAAGGAUUAUCCAUAUUACGAUCGAUGUAAUUACAAAAUUUUCAAUUACACAAAUAUUAGUAGAGACAAUUUCAAUUCAUUUAAUUGGAAUGCAGAUAAAAGUAUUAAGUGCAGUCAGUGGGAAUAUGAUUUUAACGAAAUUCCAUACGCCACCAUUAGCACAGAGUUAAACUGGGUUUGUGAGAAAGAGUAUCUUAUAGCAACGACACAAUCACUUUUCUAUGUUGGAUCUGUUUUUGGAAACUUUAUUUUUGGUUGGAUUUCCGAUCAUUAUGGAAGAACUAGAGGUUUACUUUGUUGUACGAUAGCAGCAUUUUUUGCGUCAAUUGCCACAGCACAUAGUCACAAUUUUUGGUCAUUUGCAGCUUGUCGUUUUUUUGUAGGCUUUGCUUAUGAUAGUAUCAUAAUGAUUCCGAUGAUAAUCGUUUUAGAGUACGUAAUGCCGAUGAAGAGAUCUCUCAUUGGAUGGUUGGCAAUGGGAGUAAAUUUUACAAUCGGAGCCUUAACCCUUAUGUAA